AUGAAGAAUUUCUUAGAAAUUCUAGUUUUUCUUCCAACACUAAUCGUUGGCAUUUCAAAAUUCCAACAACAAUUUCAAAAACUAUCAUUAAUCGAGGAUUGUGUGGUUUCUCCAACAACAAUUCUCAAAGACAACGAAAAAUACUAUCGAGACGAAAUGGGAAAUGUUUUCUGUUAUCGAAAACAACACGACGGAAGUUUGAAAUUGGGAUCGACUUCGCGAAGUUUCGCAGAUCCUCGAUUUCUCUGUGCGAAGGGCGAAAUGAAUUGGUAUCGCGGAAGGCGGAAUGUGGCGUUUGAGUGAGUAAAACACAUUUUUUUCGCGAAAAAAACGAAAAAAUUUAAAAUAAAACAACAAGAAUCCGCGUUGACGCGGCGAUCGGAUGAUUCCGCGUAGCGGCGCCAUCUUCCGCUCCAGCGGCCACGUGGUUUACUAUGACGCAGGAGGCGGAAUGUUGCGUUUGAGAGAGUAAAAAACGUUUUUUUCCCAAAAAAAAAACGAAAAAAUAAAAAUAAAACAACAAGGCUCCGCGUUGACGCGGCGCAUCGCUGCGAGACCCAAACCCGCGCAUUCAAAAUUUGAAUUUUUUCUCCAUUUUUUUCAUUGUUUCACAGAAAAUCCCGAUUUUCAGCCAAAAACCUUGCGAAUUCUGGAACACCUCAAGCAUCCAGCAAAAUGUGAAGCCGACGAAAAGCUUCAGCUCCUACAGUAUGCGUCGAUUUCUCCUGGACGAAUACGAGAAUUUCUGCCGAAACCCGGAUGAUUGGGAGCUGGGUCCGUGGUGUUGGACGAGGAAUGGCGGAGCCCUAGAGGUUUGCGCCUUAAUAAAAACCUUAGGAACCUUAUGAAAAACCCAAAUUUUCAGAAAACACCGUGUUUUCAACCGUGCAGCCCGAAACUUUUCGAAGGAAUUUUCAUUUGCUUGAAUAAGUGGGGAUUUCCCUAUAAAAUGGGGGAUUUUGGUGAGUUUUUUGGGGAAUUUAGAAGAAAUGGAAAAAAUAGAGGUCCUUAGAGUAUUUAAAAAGCUUCUAAAGCUGUUAAGGAGCUUCUGAAGCCUUUAAAAACCUCCUAAGGGCUUUAAAAACUUCUAAAGCCAUUUUAAAUGCUCCCAAGGUUUUCAAAAGCUCUUAAACCCUUUAAAAUACUCUUAAGGUUCUUAAAAACCCUCUGAUGCAUAUAUAAAGCUCCCAAAGCCUCAAAAAUGCCCCUAAACCCUUUAAAAUGCUCUUAAGGUUCUUAAAAACCCUCUAAUGCAUAUAUAAAGCUUCCAAAGCCUUAAAAAUGCUUUCAAAGCCUUUAAAAUGCUCCUAAGGGUUCUCAAAAGCGCUAUUUAUGCCUAUAAAAAGCUCCCAAAGCCUUUAAAAUGCCCCUAAGGUUCUCAAAAAGCCUCUAAUGCAUAUAAAAAGCUCCCAAAGCCUCAGAAAUGCCCCUAAAGCCUUAAAAUACUCCUAAGGUUCUCAAAAAGCUUCUAAUGCAUAUAAAAAGCUCAAAAAGCCUCAAAAAUGCUCCUAAGGUUCUCAAAAAGCCCCUAAAGUUCCAAAAUUUGCAUUUCCAGACCUCACAGAUAUAAUGGAUUUACCGGAACUCGUGGGAAGUUUCAAAAAUGUCCAACUUCAAUUCGAAAACCGACGGCUCUCGGAUUUCCCGGUUUUUCGAUAUCAAACCAAAACUUGUGUGAAUUCGGGAAAAAUUGCCGAAAAUUUCGGACCCUGGAUUGCGGUUCUGGAUGGAAAAGCUCAAGAAUUCAUCAGGGAUUCGGGCAGAAGGUUGGAAAAAUGAAAUUUUGGCUGAAAAUUCUGGGCUGAAAAUCUGAAAAUUUCCAAUUUUGCAGAACUCUCUGGGAAUUGUGCACUCCGGAAAUUCGCGAAAAAACUCCGAUAAUUCGAAUUGAGCAAAGCGAAGUGACAAAACGCCGUGUAGCGAUUCAGGAAGAUGAGAUAACUGCGGCUGAUUGCACUUUUUGGAGACAAUGCUUUUCGGCGUGUCAGGAUGAUACGAAAUUGUGGGUUUUUUGUAUGGGAGAAAGAGUAUAACAUGAGCAAUACUAUUUUUUUUUGAAGUCUUGAUGGAAUUUGAAGCUUAGAGAUACCAAAUAGGACUAUAAUAUGAGCAAUUCUUUCAGAUGCUGGAAAAAAACAGACAGCUCAUAUUUUGGCGCCAAAAAAACCUCAAAAUUCCUCGAAACCUGUCUGCCUUGGACAAAAUCGGCCGCCCUCAUUUUGAACAACAAAACCGACGAAAUUUAUCGAUUUUUGCUGUUCGACGGAGAUCCGCAGAAUUAUUUUGUGGAAAAUCGCGUAUUUUUGAAUACCGAGAAUUUUUGCAUGAAUUUCAGGAAGAAGUCGAAUUCGACGCAUGCGAAAAUGCAGGUACUGUAGAAGCUACAGUACUUUAAAGGGGCAUACAUUCGCUUCGCUCGAACCGCUUUCGCGGAAUUUUGAUCUACACUCGCGCUGAAGGCGCUCGGGAUACUAUAGACCACUUCAAGGAACAUACAGUACCUCGUGGCGCGAGUGUAGAUCAAAAUUAUGCGAAAGCGGUUCGAGCGAAUCGAGUGUAUGUCCCUUUAAAGUACUGUAUGAUCCUUUAAGAUAGGAUAAAACACGGUCCCAUGAGAAACUACAGUACUUUAAAGGGACAUGCACUCGCUCCGCUCGAACCGCUUACGCGGAAUUUUGAUCUACACUCGCGCCACGGGCGCUCGGUGUACUGUAUCUUCAUUGAAGAGGUCUACAGUACCCCGAGCGCCCGUGGCGCGAGUGUAGAUCAAAAUUCCGCGCAAGCGGUUCGAGCGAAGCGAGUGUAUGUCCCUUUAAAAUACUGUAGAUAUAGGGUACUGUAUGAUCCUCAGUAAUCUAAAGGGCCAUGUCCCUUUAGAUUACUGUGGUUUCUUAAAGGGACGUAUGCCCCUUUAAAGUACUGUAGUGUCCCUUUAAAUUACUGUAAAUCCCUACAUUUUCAGAAACUGUGGAAUCAAACAAGAUCUGAAACAUCUCCUGAAAAUUCGCUGGAUUUCGAAACAGAAUUCGAAAAAGUCUUCCAAAAUGGACCCGGUUGUUUUGUGCAGAAAAACGAGAAAUUGGUGAUUUUUGAGAGCUGUUUUCAAAAUUGCGAAUCGAUUUUGGAGCCGGUGAAAGAGCCCAAAAUCACACAGAAUAUUUGCAAGUCGAAAAAAUCGGGAAAAUGGGAUUUUUGCAAAAAUCCCGAGGAUGAAAAUGCGCUCUAUCGAGGAAGAAGAAGAAGAAAACCGAAAAAUGGGGAGAAAUGA